AGUCUCUUGUUUUAUGCCAUUGCAAGAACCUAUACCCAAUACUACACAUACUGAUGAACUAUCAAUGACGACCAAACCUUAUCUUACCACCAACGUCAUACCCAGCCAUCAUAUCCAACAACAACCUACUGGUUUAUCUUUCAACGACAAUGGAAAAAGAUACACUAGAAAGAACGAUGAUGGUAAUCGCAACAAUGAUAUUGACGACGAUGAAGAUGAAGACGACGCCUUACACAAAUUUCACCAACGUAUCAAACGCGGACGAUGCAAAUCACCUCGAAUUCACAAUAGUGAUAAACGUCGAUCCUGGAUAUCAAGUGACGAAGACGAUGACGAUGAUGACGGUUAUAAGCUUCAAUCUAUCGAUGAUUCAUCACAACAACAUCAAGCAAGACAUUCUGGACUGAUGGAAAAACGGAAACGUGGACGACCAAAAAAGGGUGACAGUGGUAAAUCUUCACCAAUUCGACAACGAUCUACUUCUAUUUCUGAUACAUAUCAUGGAGAUGGCUCUAAUAAUGACAAUGGUAAACCAAUUAGAAAACUCAAGUCCAAACAAAAGUCACAAGUGUCUAUAUCAACAUCAACUCCAGCACCAUCUUCCUCUACUUUAAGCACUCCAACUACGCCAACGACUCCAACAACAAAGAAGGCAUCAUCACAGCAACAAAAUUCAAUAUCUGUAGAAUCACCUUCGUCAUCCAAGCCUCGACCUUCUUCUCUGACAGAUCCAAAUCGCACAGAUAAAGCUGGAAGAACCAAAUUGUUUGCUUACACAGGUUCUGGUCAUUUUGACAAGGUAAAAGAAUUAGUAUCACAAGGCGCCAAUGUUAAUUUCAAGGAUCAUGCUGGUUGGGUUCCUCUUCAUGAAGCUGCUCUCAAAGGUCAAUGUGAAAUUGCUAAAUUUUUUAUUGAAUCUGGUGCUGAUGUCAAUGUUCGUGGUUAUGGUGAUGAUACUCCUCUACAUGAUGCAUGUUCUAGUGGUUAUGCUGAUAUUACUCAACUUUUGGUGGAUAAUGGGGCUGAUGUGUAUGCGUUGAAUUCUGACAAGCAACAACCCAUUGAUGUAUGCGACAAUAUUGAAUGUGAACGAAUUAUUGAAGCCAAAAUGAAACAGUUGGAUCGAUUGGUGGCUCGUGAUGCUACAGGGAGAACGACUUUACAUCGAGCGUGUGCGGAUGGUCUUUACAACGACGUAGCUUCUCUAGUGAAACAAGGGGCCAAUGUGAAUUCGGAGGACAACAAAGGAUGGACACCUUUACAUGAAGCUGCUCGUCAUGGUCAUUUAUCCAUUGUUCAAUUAUUGGUUCAACAUGGUGCAGAUAUCAAUCAUUCUGGUUAUCAAGGGACAACAGUAUUACAUCAUGCUUGCCGAUCCGGUCAUGACGAUAUAGUUCAUUUUUUGGUCGAACAUGGUGCAGAUAUUCAGGCUCAAAACGAAAAUGGAAAAACACCUUAUCAAGUUACAACUAGUACUUCUAUCCGACGAGACCUUGCCGCCAAAAUUGAUGAAGAACGAAAACAACGUGCGACAAGCGAUGCUAUUGACGAAAUCACCUUCACCACUCUACGCCAGCGCAAAUUAUCAAACAAAUCAUCUUCUCGAAAUACACCACUUUCACGUGAAGAGCGAAAAAUUCAAGCGAUUAUGAAAUCUUUUGAAGCCCUCGAACAACAACAACCGAAACAAUCUCCAUCUUCACGACCUUCCAGAUCAUCAAGACGACGUGAUGUUACUCCUACAUCAGGGACAAGAAAUGAUGGUAUGGACGAAGAUGAAGAAGAUGAUGAUGAUGGUGAUGAUGAUGAAAGCAACAAACACGUUGAUCAAGUAAAAUCCGGGAACAACAAACAGGAAGAUGACAACGAUGAUGCAACUACUAUCACACCAGUUCGACGAAAACGAGGAGGAUCACAACAUAAACGACAAUCAUCAAAAUCAUCGAGGACAACAAGAUCACCUUCUAGGGAACAAUCAGUAGACAAUACAGAUUCGAGUCAGAAAACGACCCGAACGACAAAAAAAGUGGAUGCGACCAAAUUGGACCCUCACAAAAAAGAUACCAGUGGACGAACUCAUUUGCAUCGAUGGGCUAUUCGAGGUGAUGUGGAAGUGGUUCAAAUACUCUUACAAGCAGGUGCAGAUCCCAAUGUAACAGAUCAUGCUGGUUACACUCCAUUACACGAAUCAUCUCUUCGCGGCAGAGGAAAUGUGGUGAAACUCUUGUUGGAAAAUGGAGCCAAUGUGGAUGCCAAAGGUGUGGAAUUAGAUACUGCUUUACAUGAUGCUAUUGAUAAUGAACAUCCUGACGUGGUGGAGAUUCUUCUACAAUUUGGUGCUGAUCCUCAUAUUCGAAAUUCAAAAGGAAUGUCACCAAUGGAGAUUGCUAAAGAACAUGACUUGUUUGAUAUUCAACAUUUAUUACAACAAGCUAUUACUAAUUGGAAGAAGAAGAAAACAAUCAAACAGGAAUCUACCUUACAAGAAACAACACAACAAGAACAAAAAUUAAUAGAACCACCAAAACGACAAGCAAGGAAAAGACGAUUAGUUCUUGCAGCAGAUUUAGAACAUUCAUCAUCCACUCCCGUUCGUCGACAAUCACCCAGCCCUGAAUUAUUAGAUAUCAAAACAGAACCAUCAACACGCAUAGGCAAUCCUAUGGAUAUUCAUAUGCUCACAGGAGAAAAGCCACCUUUACAACAUUCAUCAACAGCAUCAUCAUCACAUACUAUCAAAUCAAGGAAAAAGGAUCCAAUUAUUCCUCCAACAUCACCUACAAUGGAUGGUCCUCAUACACCUAUACCAACUCCUUUUGUCGAACACUGGCUUGGGAAAAAAGUCAAAGAGGAACAUAAUAACGAUCAUGAUAUGAUGUCUAAUUGUGAUGUAGAAAAAUAUGAUGACAAGUCAUUUAUCAAAACAAAAGUAGCAACAACUACGACAACGGCAACAACAACAAUACAAGAAAUAGGAGCAACAACCAUGACCAAUCCACCACCACAACAACAACGACGAUCAAGGACAUUAUCAGAAGCUUUACGGUAUCUACCCUUAUAUACGGUACAACUGGUGGAAGAAGACGGAAAACAAAGUUCGUUAUAUGUGUUAGAUCUGCAAGUGGGACUUUUAUUGAAUCUAUCAACGGAUGCAUUAUGGAAACAAUAUCCGAAUCUACGACGUCGCCAAGUGACAUUUACUGAAAAGGAACGAUUGUGGUCCCCAUUGGCUGGCAUGUUAUGUACAGUUGCGGCAUCUCCUUCCUUGGAUAAUCUAUACGCGUGUGACAAGAAACGGGCGGCAUCGGUGGUGGCCAGAUUACGUGAUCAAGAAAAACAACGCUUUAUGGAUUUACCAGUAUCGUUUGUACAGUUGGAUCAAGUGGUAUCGUUGAUCAAGCAUGAUUAUGGGUAUCUGAGUGAAAACCUGAUCACCAUCACCGUGGAUAUUGGAUAUCAACAGGAUGCUUCACCUUCACAGCAAUAUCAGACAACCACUCUUCCUGCCAUCAUCCAUGACAAUAAUAAAGACCUGUCGAAAACACCACUGAAAAAGCGUCCAGCAUUUGGUUUGCCUCCCAAGUUUGCCAUGAAAAUGCAAAAACAUGUCUUUUACAACAAUAACAAUGGUGGUGACAGCAGCAAUAGUAGUCUUAGCAAUCCUUCAUCACCUCAUUCCUAGUCUUGAUUCAUUUUUCCUUUUUUUUUUUUAUUGUUACAUGAUUACUGCACAAGUCUGAUUCCCCUCCAAAUAGGAUUACAUUUUCUACAUUUUUUUUUUUACAUAUAUACAUUUGAUAAAAUAAAAAAAAAUCCCAAUCAAUAAACGCUCCAAUGAGCUUUUCAAUCAUUCAUUAUAUUUUU